AUGAAGGUGCCAAAGACUAUCACUUACAAUAGUCUUGUUGAUCAAUUGUAUACUUUAAUCGUAGCUGACAAGUCUCGUAUUGAUCUUGACUUAAAUGUAAUCUAUCAUUUUGGAAGUAAAGUUGAAACCAAAGUGAAUGAUGAUUUUUGCAUUGAUGGCAAUGAAGACAGUUGUGAUGAUGAUAAUAAUGAUGCAGAUGGCAAUGAAGAUAGUUGUGAUGGUGAUAAUAAUGAUGCAGAUGAUGAUAAUGAAAAUAUUGAUAGGUCUACCUGCAAUGAUGUACUUGUGAAGCAUAAUUUACAACAGUCAACCUCCAAUGAAGUAUUGAAGAUCCAUGAUUCCUCAAAUAAUAGAGGUCGUAAAGUAAGACAGGUUGGCGAAGAUAAUCUAUGGAGUACUCCACUUUUGUUGAAUCAAGGGGAAAAAGGCUCUACUUCAGCCUCAACAGCUCAAUUACUGACAUCUUCUUCGAGUAUCAAUUCGUGGGAAAUAAAAGAGGGUCAAAUAUUUGAGAACAAGCAAGAGUUGAAGAUGAAACUCCAUCUUUAUGCAUUAAAGAAAAACUUUGAGUUUAAAGUAAAGAAGUCUGCGAAAAAUAUAUGGUGUACAGUAUGUGUUGAUGAUAAAUGCAAAUGGAGGUUGAGGGCUACAAAAUUGGUUAAUUCCAAUAUGUUCGAGGUUCGUAAAUUUUUCGGUGAACACACAUGCUCAUUGGAUGUUCGACAUAAAGAUCACUGUCAGGCAUCCCCAUGGCUUAUUGGACAUGUCAUAAGGAGAAAAUUUGAGGGUGAUGAUGUUAAUUACAAGCCAAGGUCAAUUGUAAAAGAUAUGAGUUUAUCAUAUGGAGUUCAUAUGAGCUAUGCUAAAGCUUGGAGGUGUCGAGAGCAUGCAUUGGCUUACAUAAGAGGUACACCAGAAUCAUCAUUUCAGAAACUUCCCUCAUUUAUAUACAUGAUGGAGCAAAAAAAUCCUGGAACUGUUACUCAUUUGUAG